AUGGACUCAAUAAGCAGAGAAACCUCUCCCUUGCUCUCAGACCACCGUCGUCGAAGCUCACCAACUACGUCACAGGAUGAGCACCCUCAACGUCGGACGGUUACCUUCGACCCAGCCAUCCGGAGCAGCAUAUCAAAUGAAACAACUACCUCCAGGGACUUUUUAAAGCCUUUUCACACCAGCCAGGCCUCUGGUUCUGGUCAGCCUGUUUUUGCUGCUUUAAACAGCAAGAUCCGUCGUCGACACAGCCAGGGAACCUACAAUGCUGCAGCUUCUGCUUCCUCUCCGGCCCACCCCAAAAUCGGCCCUCAGCGAACAACCAAAAACACCCAGAAGCUUAAAUUACUACCCAAUCCCGUCACGGGGGAAGAGAACCAAUUUGUUGAAGUUGAGAUCCCGAGUGAGGUGUAUUCUCAGAUUACCAGGAUUAAGGAGCCAACCGCCCGAAAACACGCAGCAAGGCUUGGUAAAGCAGACAGAGAUCGUGUACCACGGGUAACGGCAUAUUGCACUGCGAGCUCGUAUAGAAUAGAUGGUGUCAUUCGCUUUCUCAAAUCCCGUACUGAUACUAGAGGUUCCAACCCGAAACUUUUCGAUGAAUGUGUUUAUUCACCGUACAACUAUGACCACGAAGAAAAGAAGCGCCUCAUUUCCCAUGGGAAGAAUGGACAGGAAGUGUCGAACAUCCGAAAGAUUCAUGGUCCAGAGGAGCGUCGUUUUUCUGAUAGUGAAAUCCAAACUGAGGACCGGAAAAGCGAAGAGCAGGAACUCUCUCUUGAUAUCCCGGAUAUACACCAAGACUCACCAUCAACCACUGCGGGCUCCUCUGCCGCCAGUGCCUCUCCCCACGCAAUAGCCCCGAUAUCCACUCCUGACGAUAACCAUAACGGAUCUGAUUUGGACACAUCAAUCCACACACCAGAAAUAUUUCUCUUCGACUACGGCACCGUAGUAAUAUGGGGCAUGACGCCAGCCCAAGAAACCCGUUUCCUCCACGAAGUAUCCAAAUUCGCCAGCGCCGUUCUUAGUCCCGAAGACACACAGGUCGAAAACUUCAAUUUCUACUACACCCGUGACUACCAAGCACGCAUCUACAACGACUUCAUCUCCCUGCAAGAUCCACAUAAUUACAUGACCAAGCUCGCCAUUUCCCACGCCCUCUCUCAGUCCGUCAAGACAUCGCUGUUCGAAGAUCUUGUUUCAGAAACCAUCGCGAAGACAUCCCCGUUACCCGCGCAGAUUGCUGAGACGGGCAGUGUAAAUCUCACGCGAAGACAGAUAAAUAUGCAGAUUGGUGAACUGUUUAUUCUGCGCAUUAAUAUACAUCUCCAGGGGUCUGUUCUUGAUAGUCCUGAACUCAUGUGGGCGGAGCCACAGCUUGAGCCCGUUUACCAGGCUGUGCGCAGUUAUCUGGAGAUGGACCAGCGGGUCGGGCUGUUGACAGAGAGAUUGGAAGUUAUUGCAGACUUGCUUGCGGUUUUGAAGGAUCAGUUAAGUCAUCGGCAUGGGGAGUAUUUGGAAUGGAUUGUUAUUAUUCUCAUCGCUACUGAAAUUGUUGUUGCCGCGAUAAAUAUUAUCGUCGACCUGUACGCUGGAGUUGAUUAA